UCAUAAGAGCUAGUGUAAUUUUUUAUUUAAGUUACCCUUCUGGUGAUUCCGAUUUUUGUGCAUGCAGCCGUUAGCGUCUGCGCCUUUACAACACUAUCACCUUAUAUUAUGUAUAGAUAUUAUCCCGUGUAGAAAAUAAUCGAUAACCCCUUUUUGUACAACGUCAUAAUGUUAUACAGAUACGAGACGGCUUUAAGUUUCUUUAAUAGCAGUAUAGUUUUUCAAAUUCGCUCAUGGUAACAUUCUAUUCGCUAUAGUUUCAUAAAAACCUAAAACGUUUCAGAGGCAAACUACCCUCAAGACAAACUACCCACUGCAAGUUGAUUCGAUAAUUUAUCAGAUACAAUAAUCAACAUAGUAUUUUUGAUAAAAAUGUUAUUAUAAUGAACUUGUGAAAAUUUAAACGUUUAUUAUUUAUUUUAAGCCCCUCAAGUUAAAAAUAUUAUUCUUAAUGAGACAACCCUAAAGUGUAACUACAGAUUACUAUCUUAACAGUGUUAACAAUGUCUGAACAUUCAUCGCUAGUUGCAACAUUCAAAGAAAAGUUACGACCGAAGUAUUAUGGAAAAUCCAGUUCUAACAAUUGUUACAUUAAAGAAAAUGUAUACUUCAAUGGGAUAGCCCUUAAGGAAUCACUACUUCAAGACAACGAGUACCCAGAUACACAGAAACGCAUAUUAUCAAACCGCGAUACUAAAAAUUAUGCUAACAACAACAGGUGCUAUGAAAUAGAGACAGGUUGUUUUAUUUACCAAAAUCCUACCAGUUCUGAUGAUUAUGACAUUAUUAACAAAUUUGCGGAUAUAUCUAUGCCCAGUGAGUUUGGCGUUGAUAGCAAUGGUGGUCGUGAAGUAGAUACUCAGUCAAGUAAAAUGAUAAAUGACCGGGAAGAGAUUCGUAAACGCUUGGUAAAUGGCUAUCAAGUAUACAACACUAGCCAAACAACAAAGAAAUCAAGUUUAGAAUCCCGCCUACAAAAUGGAUCAAAUCUUCAGUUGUGUUUCGUAAAUGAUCAAUCUUCAGAUUCAGAAUUACCAUCAAAUGACAGUGGAGCAGGUGAUAAAGAAGAAAACAUUAAAUCGGAUUUAAAAAAUGGUCUGAAUCAAGCAAAAAUACGGGCUAGAGCACACAUGAUGUCAGAUCAUCGUAACUGCAUAAUUUCAACUGUAAUCAAAGAUAGUCUCAUUAAGGUUGGUGCAAAAUUGGAUAAUGAUAGAAGACGAGUUAGCCGCCAUUUUUUGAUGCGUUUAAAUCUAGCGCAACUUCAAGUGAUUGUAAAUGAUUUACAUUCUUACAUCGAAUAUUUAAAUGAAAGCCUUGUAAACUUAUUGUUGGAAAGAGAUGAGCUACACAUGGCCAAAGACUCUAUGUUAGUGGAUAUUGAAGAUUUGAAACACACUGCACGUGAAUCAUACUGAUGAAAAUAUUUUUCGUUUUCAUAAAAUUGUUUUUAUUUUUAUAAGUAUAUAUGCUAUUUAAACAUAUUUCAUUUAAGAACUAAUUGUAGUGUCAGAUAUGUAUCCUAAAAACUACCCUUUAUUGCUAUUACUAUAAUUUUUUUAAGUUUAUUGUAGUAAAAAUACGUCUUUUUUUUCAUUAAUUUUCAUGUUAAACAAUGUUUUAAAUGUAUGUGUUUUAACUUCUAAAUUAUUAAGGAUCUCAAACAUUUUUUUUACAGCUUAAUGUCAUCUUUAUUAUGUCAUAAUUUUUUUUUCAACUACAAAAUUAUCUUUAAUAUUUCUUUAUUAAGCAUUACUAUUAUUUUGUAAAACAAUUAUAUAACUCAAAUUAGAAUGGUUAUAUAUAUAUCAACUAUAAGUUGAUCAUUAGGUAGAAACAGUCUAUAUAUUUAUAAAAACAUAUAUACUUUGCUGUAGUACUACUAAGUAUUAUUUAUAUAUAUAAGCAUUCCAAUAAGCAAAAGAAAAUUUAAUUAGUUUAUACAGCAAAUAAAUCAUUAAAUUUGUCUGUUCAAUGACAAAUCCCAUUUUGAAAUGUACAAACAUUUAAGUUAUGCCUUAUGAUUGAUUGAUUAUCCAUCAUAAACGUUUAAUUACUUAUGCUACAAAAUAUAUUUAUUUAUCUUACAAUAAAUAUUUUACUACUAAUCCAGUAUUAUAAUUAAAAGUCUUAUAAACUUGUUUAUUUUCAAGUGUUACAUUAUAUAGAGUAAGGCAUACCAUAGUUAGUUGCAAAAUAUCCUAGAUUUUACUGUAAACUAGCCAUACCAGGAACCUGUUACAUUAAAUAUAUAUGCUUGUACUAGAAUAGCAAUUGCUUGUCAACUGAAAUAUCAUUGUUAUUAUAUUAAAUACAACCAAUUU